UAUACACGAAAGAUAGGAAAAAAGAAUCAUAAAUGAUGUCUUGCUAUUUUCCUUUUGCAAUGAAAAUUACUCAAACCAACUCCUUCGGUCAUCAUUGAAGGCAGUAUUUAGUAUUACAACAAAAAAUUUUCUCCCACCUACAAUCAUCUUUGGCCUUUAUUUGUUAUUUCUUUUCUUGUUUUUUUUCCCUCCGACUGUUAAUUUAUUUCAAGGCACCAAGUCACACUCUGCAACCCCUUCUAUAUGCUAUUCAAUUCACCUUUCAAUAUCAUCCAACUUGUUUUUUACCCCCUUUUUUUUUUUACAAAAAAAUAUUGCAGUAUGAGGAUAAGAGAAAUUAAAUAGUCGUACGUCCUAAAUUCUCCUUACCCUCCACUCCUAUCCAUGAGUAAUUUACAAUUAAAGAAAAUCCCAUCUCUUCUCUUUCUCUUCCCCCGAAAAUCAUUGCAUAUAUAAUGGUCCAAAGCGGUUCAAAAUCAAUCUGCAGGAGAAACCCAAACUAAAAGUUGAUGUUAGACUAGUUUCCAGGGAAUAGAAGCAUCAGUCUUUUUCUUCUUCUUCUUCUUCUUUUCUUCUUCUUCUUCUUCUAUGAUCCACACCUUUACAUGUCUUCUUAGAAACAUCCUGGUAGCAGCUACUUCCAAUACCCUCGGGUAUUUUAUCUGAUAAUUCUUGGUUUAUAAACCCUUCAAUUUGGUAGUUGAAGGCUUAUUUGCCAAAGAUAGAAAACAAUGAGUCGGAGAGGAAACAGUCCAAAGCUGGAAUUGAAGCUGAACCUAUCACCUCCUAGGGAUAACCAACAAGUUGGGUCGCCAAACACAUCGGUUUCCUCCUGUGAAAUGUCACCUGAAAGUUCAUGCGUGUCUUCGGAGCCUGACGACACGAUGAUGCAAUACCCGAGUAGUCCUGAAGCAACUUCCAUGGUGUUGGUGGGAUGUCCUCGAUGCCUCAUGUAUGUUAUGCUCUCGGAGGUGGAUCCAAAGUGCCCCAGAUGCAAAAGCACCGUCUUGCUUGAUUUUCUCAACGAAGAGAACGCCAAAAAGGCAAGGAACUGAAUGAAGAACUUGGAUUCUUCUUGCUUGCUUUCUCAUGGAACAAUUACAACUUACUGCUCUAAUAGGCUUCUUUUUUUCGUUUGUUUGGUUUUAGUUUUUCUUCUUUUCUUUCUCCUCUGUUUAAAUGUUUGAAGUUUUGUGCUAAUCAUAUAUCUGUGUUUCUUUUCAUAUUCAGAUGUCUGGUUUAAUUUCCCCGUAAGAAAAAGAAAAAGAAACUCUCUUUACACAACAUCAAGUGUUUUAAUUGUUG